GGUCCAAAGUUGAAGACUAUUUGAGUAUCAUAUUUAUUACGAUGGAGGAGAAAAAAACUGUUCAGUAUUGCUUUGUUUCACUGGAGGGCGCUAACACAAAGCACCAGGUGGUCUGGGAACAACUUGAGAAAGGAGGAGGCCAUUCACCAGCCUGUAUUAGCUAAACACAUCUAGCUACUGUUAGCUAGCCGGCGGCUAAGGAGCAAGCUAAAACAUCAGUUUGUCUUAAUGUCGCCCGUGUUACCAAGUGAUGGCAAGAGAACAGUAUUCACAAACCGAAGCUGAACUGUAUUACCUCAUUGCCAGAUUCCUGCAGUCUGGACCCUGUAAGAAAGCAGCACAGAUCCUGAUUGAGGAGCUGGAGGAGUAUGAGUUGGUCCCUCAACGAUGGAGCUGGGGCGGAAAGAAAUACACACGGACCUUCCAAGAUUGGAUGAUUUUGAACCAGCACAUUCCUGCAGACUAUCUACUCCAUGUCUGCCAGCGGAUAGGCCCACUCAUAGAGAAGGAGAUCCCACCUAGUGUUCCCGGAGUCCACACACUUUUGGGGCUUGGAAAACAGUCCUUGCUGCGCACCACCAAAAGUUGUAGCCACAAAGUAUGCAGCGGUUCAGCUGUAGCUGCACUCCAUCGGGGACGUCCACCAGAACCUCCAGUCAAAAAUGGAGAUGCUCCCAAUGUUGUAUCCAUCAUGGGAGCUCGCCAGGCCACAGGAACAGCUCGUUUUGGCCAGGCCCUGCCGUCUUCCUCCUAUCAACACAUGAAGAUACACAAACGCAUCCUUGGCCACCUUUCUUCAGUGUAUUGUGUAGCCUUUGACCGCACUGGUCGUCGGAUAUUUACGGGUUCUGAUGACUGCCUGGUGAAAGUCUGGGCCACUGAUGACGGACGGCUCCUCUCAACUCUUCGCGGCCACUCAGCAGAGAUCUGCGACAUGGCUGUCAACCACGAAAACACUCUCCUCGCCUCAGCAAGCUGUGACAAAACCAUCAGGGUGUGGUGUUUACGUACCUGUGCACCCAUCACUGUCCUGCAGGCCCACGCUGCCUCCAUCACAUCCAUACAGUUUUGUCCAGCUAUUAAAGGGACAACACGAUACCUGGCCUCCACCGGUGCAGACGGCAUGGCGUGCAUUUGGAAGUGGCACUCAAUCAGCACAAAGUUUGAGGAUCAACCUGUGAAGUUUGUUGAGCGAUCACGACCAGGAGUGCAGGUCUCUACAUCCUCUUUCAGUAGUGGUGGUAUGUUCAUGGCUACUGGUGGCACCGAUCAUCUGAUCAGGGUGUACUACCUUGGUGCUGAAACUCCCAUGAAGGUCUCUGAGAUGGACGCCCACACUGAUAAAGUUGUAGUCGUCCAGUUUAGCAAUAAUAGUGACAGCCUGAGGUUUGUGAGCGGCAGUCGUGACGGCACAGCCAGAAUCUGGCACUACCAGCAACAAGAGUGGAAGAGUGUCAUUUUAGACAUGGCUGCCAGGCUGCCUGGGACCGCUGCUGCCAAUGGGGAUGACAAAACCAAGCUAGUGGUGACCAUGGUGGUCUGGGACCGCUCAGAUAGCACCGUCAUCACAGCUGUGUCAAACUACCUGCUCAAAGUCUGGAGCUCAACCACUGGACAGCUGUUGCAUGUGUUAUCAGGUCAUGAUGACGAGGUGUAUGUGAUCGAGGCUCACCCAUUUGACUCCCGCAUCAUACUAUCCGCCGGCCAUGACGGCAACAUUUACAUCUGGGACCUGACCAGAGGAGCCAAAAUCCGCAACUUUUUCAACAUGAUUGAAGGGCAAGGCCACGGUGCUAUUUUUGACUGCAAGUUCUCAGCCGAUGGGCAGCAUUUCUCCUGCACUGACUCACACGGCCAUUUGCUCAUCUUUGGCUUUGGCUGCAGCAGGCCAUACGAGAAGAUUCCUGAGCAGAUGUUCUUCCAUACGGACUACCGACCCCUCAUCCGUGACUCCAAUAACUACGUCCUGGACGAGCAAACACAGCAAGCCCCACAUCUCAUGCCUCCCCCCUUCUUGGUGGAUGUCGAUGGAAACCCUCACCCUCCUCACUACCAGCGCCUGGUGCCAGGACGAGAGAACUGCAAGGAGGACCAGCUGGUACCGCAGCUCGGAUACAUGGCUAACAGUGAAGGAGAGUUGGUGGAGCAGGUUCUUGGCCAGCAAACAGCGGAAAACAGAGAUAACAUGCUGGACAAUCUCAUCAGACAGCUGCAGGAUGAGCAGGACCAACGUCAGAUCCCUGAACAGCAGGCUGAAGAGGCAGAGGGUGAAGCUGAUGAUGAAGCAGAGGUGGCUCCCUCUCCAACUGUUGGACCACGUAGGACCGGGCAGGUGGAUGGAGUGUGGCAGAUGCAGCAUAAUGUGCUGCGUAGUCAAGUAGCUACAGAGAGGGACCUGCUGGCCUGGAGCCGCAGAGUGGUGGUCAAUGAAGUGCCACAUGGAGUAUGCAGAGUUCUGGAGGAGUGCAGACAAGCCAAAGGCGACAUGGAAUGUUCUCUUUACAACGCAGAGAAGAGGAAGAAACCUGUAGCAUGCAUGCCUAAGAGCGAUCCCCUGACUACACGCCUUCGUUCCCUGCGGCCGACAAAGAAGAAGAAGCAGCAGCACCACGCCUAUCAGACCCGCUCUGCCCAAGUCCGCCGUCCAGGGACCAGGAGUCGAAAUCUCAGCAACCGUCGUAACUCUGACAGCCAGAUAGAGUCUGACACUGAUGGAGAAGCAGCAGAACAGGGGGAGCAGAGUGAGGCCUCCUCUGAUGGUGAAACUCAGUGGCAGACAGAAAGCAGCUCCAGUGACUCUUCUAGUGAAUAUUCUGACUGGACAGCUGAUGCUGGAAUCAACCUUCAGCCACCGAAGAGAUCCAGCAGGAGGCCUGUGCAACCUCCGGUUUACAGCAGCUCUGAGGAGGAGGAAGGAGAGGACAAAUCAAAGGAUGCAAAAAAGAGGGAAAGUGAGAAGAAGAAGAAGCCCAAGGAGACCAAACAGAAACCCACGUCCUCUCUGGCUGGACUUGAUGCUGAGGAGUGGAUGCCACCGUCAUGGAUAAUGGAGACAAUCCCACGCCGCUCUCCUUUUGUUCCACAAAUGGGUGACGAGCUCAUCUACUUCAAACAGGGCCACCAAGCUUAUGUCCGGGCUGUCCGCAGGGCCAAGGCGUACAGCAUCAACCCUCAGAAACAGCCGUGGAACAGACUCGACCUCAGGGACCAGGAAUCUGUGAAGGUGGUGGGAAUUAAAUAUGAAGUGGGACCUCCCACCCUCUGCUGCCUCAAACUGGCUUUCUUGGACCCAGUCUCAGGGAAGAUGACGAAUGACUCUUUCUCAUUAAAGUACCAUGACAUGCCUGAUGUCAUAGACUUUCUGGUGCUGCAGCAGUUUUACAACGAGGCCAAAGAGCACAACUGGCAGCCAGGUAUGAGGUUCCGCAGCAUCAUCGAUGAUGCCUGGUGGUUUGGAUCUGUGGAGGACCAGGAGCCUCUGCAGCCUGAGUAUCCAGACAGCCUGUUUCAAUGCUAUGCAGUGAAGUGGGAUAACGGUGAGCGGGAGAAAAUGAGUCCCUGGGAUAUGGAGCCCAUUCCUGAGGAAGCUGCAUUGCCAGAGCAGGUUGGCGAUGGUGUGGAGGUGGCAGAAGAGGAGCAAACGGCUCUUCUUUACCAGCCUCAGGAGGGCGAGUGGGGGGCUCACACACGAGAUGAAGAAUGCGAGAGAGUCAUCCAGGGCAUUGACCAGCUUCUUACACUGGAGGUUGCCAAGGCAUUCACAUUACCUGUAAAUCUGCGGGACUACCCCCUGUACUGCACUGCGGUGGCUUACCCCACUGACCUCAGCACCGUCCACACACGGCUGGAGAACCGCUUCUACAGGCGGAUCUCUGCACUAAUGUGGGAAGUGCGCUACAUUGAACACAACGCCCGCACUUUCAACGAACCCCAGAGCCCCAUUGUAGCAUCUGCCAAAGUGGUGACGGAUGUUCUGCUGCAUUAUAUCGGGGACCAGAGCUGCACAGACAUCCUGGAUCUGUAUCACAGACUGAAGUCUGAGAUCAGCAGCGGAGAAGAAGUUGAGGUUGACUUAGAUGUGGACUCUGACACUCCAGGAACAUCCACAGGACAGCGGGGAUCAAACACGGACUCAAAGCAGCGUGGCGUGUCAUUGAAUGCGAGAGCGUGGCGAACUCAAUGCAAAGAGCUGGUGCGUCGGAUGAUUGCCUCGACAGAUUCAGAACCCUUCAAACAGCCUGUGGAUCUCUUUGAGUAUCCGGACUACCGCGACAUCAUUGACACUCCAAUGGACCUGGGCACAGUGUCAGAGACGCUGAUGGGAGGGAACUAUGAAAAUCCGGUGGAGUUUGCCAAAGACGUGCGCCUCAUCUUCAGCAACUCCAAAGCAUACACACCCAACAAAAAAUCUCAGAUCUACACCAUGACCCUCAGCCUGUCGGCCUUCUUUGAGAAACACAUCAUCGCCGUCAUCUCUGAUUACAAAUCAGCCAUCCAGAAUGAGCGGCGGGCUCGUCAGAGGCUCAGUUACAGGAACAGAUUGCACAACGGAGGCAGCUCACCACCCCUCAGUCCAUCCCCAAGCCCUAAAGGGAAGCACAAGUCAGGGAAGGUGUCAAAGCCAAAAAAAUCCCGGACCUCAACCAAGAGUCGUUCUCAUCAGAGGCCAUAUCAUGCUCAGCAAAGCAGUAGUGUAGCAGAGGAGGAAGACAUGGAGCCUUCUUCCCCGAGUUCAUCAAGGAGCAGCGAGAGCAGAGACCAGGAGCCACAUCGGGUGACCCGCAGUCACGCCACUCCCGUGAAGAAGUCAGGACACCAGCGUGACUUACAGCAGAAUAACGGCUCCAGACAGCACCACAAGCGAGAAGAGCCGCAGUCUGACGACGAAAAGGAAAAGGAGGAGGCGUCUGGAUCCAACAGCUCCUCAUCUGAGUCAUCAUCCACCUCGUCAUCAUCGUCUUCUUCGUCGUCGUCAGACAGCGAGAACAACUCUGACUCUGAGAUGGAGAAGUACGUGGAGGGGGGCGACCAUGAUUACAGCAAAGCCCCCUGCCUCUCAGCGAGCCUUGCAGCUAAGGGUAAGGUGGCGGCCUCAGGGAAAAGGAGACACAAAGGAGGAGGAGAGGAGGAGGAGGAGGAACAGAGACCUAAAAAAGCACGGGUGCAGCUGCCUGUAGAAGUAGAGGAGGAGGAGGAGGAAGAUGAGGAGGAUGAUGAAGAAGAAGAAGAGGAGGAGGAGGAAGAGGGAGAGGAGCAGCUACAGAUGCAGCAAGAGGAGGAAGCAGGACAAGAAGAAGAAGAUGAGGAACAGGAGGAGGGUGAAGGAGAAGAAGAAGAAGAGGAGCCUGAGGAGGAGGAACCUGAGGAAGAAGAAGAAGAGGAAGAAGAGGAGGACGAGGUAGACGACUCCAAAGGGCAGAGAGGAGCUGCAGCAGCUAGGGGUCGGCCAGAGAGAGGCAGCCGGUAUAAGUCUCAGCGAGUGAACACACGAAACCAGGGCCGAAGGACAGUUAUGUACAGGGACGAAUCCGAGGACGACGGCCAGGGGUCCAAAGAGGACCCCCUCAAUCUGGGCAAGUCCCGAUCAGGACGGGUACGCCGUAUGACGGAGAAAGCCCGCGUCAGCCACCUCAUGGGCUGGAGCCACUGACACGUCGCCACCUCUCAAACCUCAAUAAGAAAAACUGUCAGAUAUGAGUAAAACUUCAGGGAUUUUUCUUUCUUUUUUUUUGUACAAGUGUAUAUAUAAUAUAUAUAUAUAUAUAUAAAUGAUUUUUUUUUUUUAUCUGAGACUGCUAAUGACUGUCGAACUGAUCGCUGGUGCUUGUGACACGUUGCUAUGGAGUUACCUCUCCUGGUUAACAGAGCUACUGUUCUCCCCCGACUGGACUCUCUCACCUCUGCCUUACUGCUCGCUGGCAGAGCCUUUAGGACACGGCGCUGCUCCUCUUCCUCAUCCUGGACUUGACACUAUACCCUUCCUUUUACUCCCACCUGUACCUCCUCCGAACUCCUCUUACUCCUGGUCACCAAAGAAGGAUGCAGAGAUGCCAAAAAAAUGGUGCUCAUGUUUUUAUUUCUCAGUUUUUUUUUAUUUUCGUACAAAGUAACUUAACAAAACUCCUCACUCUUGUGGUCACUAGUCUGACACUGAUGUCACCUGUUUUGAUACUCGCUCUUUCCUCACAACCAGAAGCCUUAGUUAUCAGAGUUUUCAGUCAAAUUUCAUUGAAGUGUUUGGGCGCUAACACUAUAGGGAGAUCAGUGUUAAUUGUAUAAAGCAUCAUUUUAACAUCUGAAACCAGACUGAUAUAUAUCGUUUGACUGAUAUUGGCACUCCAGCUAAAUCAAGAGCCAUCAAAUAUUUUGUCAAGCUGAGAAUGCUCCAUAGCAUACAAUACUCUCAGCACUGUCUGCAGCCCGUGUAGCAGAGCCAGCCGACAGUGGUCUGCAUGAGAACUGGUUCCAGGUGUGUAAUAACGUGAAACAUUCUGAUUAAGACUUUAAAGAAAGCCGCCUUAAGAGAACCUCUCUGUAGCUAUAUCAGUGCAGAAUCCACACAGUCUUGUUUUCAUUCCAGCUUUUAAAUUCCCAAAUCUUCCACAGAAGUUCAAAGUUGUCACUUAUUCCCUCUCAAAUCAGUAUCGCUCUCAAGAACACAGAAUCUGUCUGGCUCUAGUAAUAUCCCAGCUUCUGAAACCCAUCUCCGACUUGGCCUGAAUGUAAAAAAAAAAAUUCCCCCAUUACUCUUGUUCUAUUUGACUCUUGCGGCUCUUCAUUUCUUCUUCUUAGAGUUCGGUGACUGUAUUAUUUUUUGUUUUUGUUCUUGGGUAAAAAGCCACUGCAUCCUAUCUUGUACUCCCUGAUCUGCGUCGUAACUGCUUCCAUCUCACCUUCUCCAACACCCAGCACGUGCAAAAGCAAGGCAGCCCCUUGCCUCCUUUUCUUUCUUCCACAGAAAUAUUUAUUUUCAUUGUAUUAUACUCUGAUUGCUUUUUCUAUUUUUUACAAUAAUGGUGAUGAGGAAAAGGAAAUAUUUGCACAUUAAUUUCCUCUACGCGGCAGCUGAGUAAUAAAGAUAAUGGAGACAGGAUGAAACCUCAUGAUUUUGUUUUGUAGAAUUUUGAACUUUUUCAGCCAGCAUUAAUUCAGUCUUCUUUUUUUGAGUUUGAAAUGGACAUAACUAAAACAUCUUUUAACCUCUGUGUGUGUGUGUGUGUGUGUGUGUGUGUGUGUGUGUGUGUGUGUGUGUGUGUGUGUGUGU